AUGAAUGAAGGUCGUUCACAUGAUAGAGAACCACGCCGCGCGCCGGCUACAAUUUCAUUCACCGAAAGAGCGGCGCUCACGGUGCUAAAACGGAAUCGCAUCGCAUACAUCGAGGAGCGCGCCUUUACGAACACGCCUGCGCUGAGAGUCCUACGGCUGGAAGAGAAUCUAUUAUCAGAAGUACCAGCGGCCGUGAGACUGCUACCCCUCCUUGAAGAUCUGUCAGUAGCGAGCAAUCGCGUGGAGCUUGUGGAGACGGGCGUGCUGCAGGCUUGUCGGAGACUAGCGCGCCUGGAGCUCCGAGCCAACCCGCUGACCAGGGUGCAUCCCAAGGCACUCCAUCACCUGCCUUAUCUCUCCACGCUUGUUUUGUCGGAGGCGCGUGGUCUGCGCGUGCUGCCGUCUCUGAACGGGACGUCGCGGCUGCGAACUCUGCGCGUGGACCGCGCGCGCCUCUCCCACCUACCCUCGGACCUGUGCAAACAUACACCGCAACUGCGCUCACUGGAUGUGAAGCUCAACGUGUUGGAGCGCGUGCCCGAGCUGCACGAGUGCGGUGAACUGCGCAUGCUGGAUCUGUCCGGUAACCAGAUCGCCUUCAUCGACGGCGAGUCUCUUCGAGGCCUGCGCCGGUUGCACGACCUGAUGCUGGAGCGCAAUCGACUCCGACACGUGCCCUCCGACACCUUCGUCCACACGCCGGACUUGCAAGUACUGAACUUGGAGGACAACCUGAUUGAACACAUCGACAUGGAAGCCUUCGUGCCCAUCUCUAAGUUAGAAGACCUGAACGUAGGCAAUAAUGUGUUCGGGUGGCUACCAGCGGCUGGCCUGCAGCGGUUGCUGCAUCUGAAGGCGCACAACAAUCCCCACUUGCGGCACUUCCAUCCUCCGGAGACGUUUCCCAGGAUACAGACGCUGGUACUAUCGUACGCGUACCACUGCUGCGAAUUUUUGCCGCUGAUGGAGGGCGAUGCCGAGCCCGACGUGACAGAGAGCGAUUUGCCGAGUGACAUAGUCAUUCUGCCUCCUCCAAGCAUCGACGCUGCUGCUUUAGCCAACACUUCUGAUCUCUGGUCUCACUAUCUUAACUUGUCCGAGCUGAUGGGCGCAAGCGGAAGUGGCCUGCAAGCUGUUCUAGACGGUUGGGCAGGCGCUGGAGCUGUUGAACUUAGCGAGGACGGAGUUUCACCGGAACCACGUCGAGUGCAGUGCCUGCCACUGCCUGGGCCGUUCCUCCCGUGCGUGGACCUCUUCGACUGGUGGACGCUCCGUUGCGGCGUAUGGGCUGUGUUCUUGUUAGCGCUUCUGGGCAACGGCACUGUCGUAUUUGUACUCGUGUGCAGUCGAAGUCGCAUCGACGUGCCGCGCUUUCUCGUCACCAACCUCGCCGCAGCCGAUUUCUUUAUGGGCAUUUAUUUAGGUUUCCUGGCCGUAGUGGAUGCAGGAACUCUCGGCGAAUUUCGUACCCACGCAAUCGCAUGGCAGAUGUCGAGUGGUUGCAAGCUGGCAGGAUUUCUAGGUGUACUGUCAUCCGAGUUAUCCGUGUAUACCCUCGCAGUCAUCACACUAGAGAGAAACUACGCUAUCACUCACGCAAUGCACCUGAACAAGCGCCUAUCUCUGCGUCACGCGGCGGUGGUCAUGGCGGCCGGUUGGGCGUUCUCCCUGUUGGCGGCAACUUUGCCGCUCUUGGGCGUGUCCGACUACCGCAAGUUCGCGGUGUGUCUGCCCUUCGAGACAGAGACCCCUGUAGAUCUCGGUUACGUGGUCGCUCUACUCGCCAUCAACGGCAUCGCAUUCCUCGUACUCCUGGGCUGCUACCUGAAGAUGUACUGCGCCAUCCGCGGCUCGCAGGCGUGGAACUCUAAUGACUCGCGUAUAGCCAAGCGCAUGGCUCUGCUGGUGUUUACAGACUUCCUGUGCUGGUCACCCAUCGCGUUUUUUGCGUUGACGGCGGCUUUCGGUGCGCAGCUCGUGUCACUCGAGGAGGCGAAGGUGUUCACCGUGUUCGUGUUGCCGCUUAAUUCAUGCUGUAAUCCAUUUCUGUAUGCGAUCCUCACAAAACAGUUUAAAAAAGAUUGCGCGCUCGUGUGCAAGGCCAUCGAGGAAUCGCGAGUGACGCGCGGUAUCGGCCGCUGCAGACACUCUUCCAACUUCAGUAACAGACAGACGCCCGCCAACACUAACAGCUUGGCGGAGCGCUCGUCGCGCGGACAGCAUGGCGCGGCGUGCGCCUGCCGCCGCUUGCUGCCGCCCGGAAGCGGGACCAGCGGCCCCGAGCGCUCCGAGAGCGAACGAGUUCCGGCCAGCGGGGAGCGCCUGCUGCGCUGGCUGCGCGCCUGCGGGCGCCGCUCCACCCCCGCCCCGCAGCCCGCUCCGCGUACUCCGGCGACGGCGCCGGCUCGCGCCGGCUCCGUCUCCUCAUCAGUAGAGUUCUCGUCGUCUCGUUCGGACUCGUGGCGAGCAUACGGCCGCCCGCCACCGCCUCCACGUCGCGCAGCAUCGUGGCUGGUGGCGCGCAAGACUUCGCAGGACUCGAACUUGUCUUCGUCGCGCAACGACUCGUCUGGCUCCAACGCGACCGCAUCCACCGGCACUUGGCGCACGUCGCGUUCCGGUGGCAGCGCCACCGGUGCCGGGGGCGGGCCCCCGGUGGCAGGAGCGGGAGGCCCGGUCCGGCCGCGGCUCACCCGACAGCCGGCCAUCACCGCCGACGAGCCGCCCGGCUCACCGGCGGGGGCGUUGGCGGCGAGGCACCUGCACACCAUUCCCUCGGCGGCGGAGACGGAGGUGCAGCCCGACGAGGAGCCUCGAUGA